AUGCAGGAGACGCUAUGGCAGCGGGUCAAGGAGGGGCUGGAGUGGUUCGAUGGGGCGAUAGGGGAGGGAGAAGAAGAGGAGGAGGCAGGGAGGAUCGCAGGGAACAAAGGAGGAGGAAGAAGAAGAGGCUUCGAGCAGGCAUUGGAGAGAUAUUAUCCAAAGUUCAGAGUCAUCCAUCGAGACCUGUUGCCGUCAGCACUGGAGCCGUCGACGAGGAGAGCGCUUGAGGUGCUCAAGGACCAAAUGGGCUGGUUUCGUAGAGACUACGUGUGGGUCAAGGGCAAAGUGACGCAGACGAUGGUGACGAGGCUCCUUGUCGGAGAACGUGGAUGUACAUACAAGUAUAAGGGCCUGAGACUCUUCUGCCGAUCGUGGGAGACGGAAGCCGCGAAGGUUCCCGACAGCGCCUGUCAUGCACUGGCGGAGAUUCGAAGACUGAACGAAGUACUGAAGGAGAAAUCGAGGAAGCAGCACGAAUGCUUCAUGGCGCGCGGCGAGGGAUCCGGGGAAGGGGCAGUGGAGGGAGGAGUCAACAGCUUCAAUGCAACCCUUAUUAACUACUUCGAUGAAUCGAUAGCAAACCACGUUGAAACAAGGCCCGAGCCCUACUACGGGAUGGGCAGGUGCUGCAUUUCAUGGCAUGCGGACGACGGAGUGGUCGAGCAGUCCGCUAUCGCAGUGUACAACGUCAUCGAGCGAGCGGAGAAAGGGGAGGAGGAAGAGCUGGGGGAGGUGUGGAAGGUGGGGUUGAAGGUGAAGUGGGAGGUCGAUACGCCUGGUGUGGCGGUGCCGAUGGUAAACGGAGACGCGUAUGUUAUGCUGUCGGGCUUCAAUGAGAAGAACCAGCACUGCGUGGUGUGCGGUCGGGGGUCACGAUUCAGCAGCACCCAUCGGGUCUGUCCACAGGAAGACAUGUACCACAAUUUCUACUGCAGGUGCCGUGAAACAUUCCUUCAGCUUCACUUCCCCUGGAACGCGCGGGGAGUGCUCCAGGAAGGGGAGGAGAGGAGGGCAUGCCUGAGCAAGAUCGUAGCGAGUCUCGAUGCUCUAGAGGAUCUACAUGACCAGCUGGAGUUUGAGUGGCUGCGGCAGUUUCACUUCCAGUACUUUGACCUGCCGCCGUCGGAGCUGGACGACUACUGGGUGGAGGUGAUACAUGUGCUUGCAGAUCUGUGGCAGAGGAUGGAGAUUGUGGUCUGGAUUUGGAUCAGCUGCUGCAGGAGGAAGAGCUUCAUGGUGGGAGGGAAGGAGCUGCGAGACCGUCUGGAGCGUUUGCGACAACUUACCUCACAGCAAAAGGGGCAGGGUCAGGAGGUGCAGAGCAGCUUGCCGUUUCUCAUGAAGAAACUUUUAAGGAGUGAGGGUGCAGGAGGAGGGAGGGAGGCUGCCGGGGAGAAGGCGAUUCCUGAAGACGCGCUGGAGCUCGUGAAGGCGACUCUUGCCCGGCGUUUGCAGAAAAGACAAGAGCAUCGAAUUUGGUGGGAGGAGAAUUUCCGGAAGAGGUUGUCUAUGGGAAGGGGAGGGGAGCAGAGGGAAGGGGGAAAGAGGAAGAGAAAGGAGGGAAGAGCUGACGGCCUUGGCUUCUCUCUGCUCCCAGCGAACCUCAACAGCCUCGUCUCUACUUUGAAGUGA